AUGAACCUCGGCUCUGCUGGCAUCGGGUUCAUUUCCAGCUUUUGUGAUGACUCAGAAUCUAGCGAACGUUUCAAGAAUCAACUUGGGCGAUUUACACCAUGCUUCAUCGACACGUUGGUGUUGGGCCUUGCCCACAUCAUCUCCAUUGUCCUUGUCUCCAUGCAUAUCCAUACGAUCAGAACGAGCAGAGUCUCAAAAUACUUCCAGCUGGGAUGCUCCUUCUUCAUUCAACUGCUGGGCAUUGCCGCAUCCCUGAUAUGCAUUGUCAUCCCCAUAGUGCAGUUUGGUGCGCGACUGGCAGCUUCUGCCAUCCCGCUGAGCCCGGAGGGCCCCAUUGGGCCAUACGAAUGGCCAGGCUAUGUGCUCCCCAUUAUCUCUUGGGUGCUCGUUGCAGUUGCUCUGAUUCUUGAGCUGAAGCACUUCACUUGGAGGGGCCUCUGGAUGGUGAGGUUUUCCAUAUGCCUAGUUGCUGCGGGACAGCUUGCCAAAUUCAGCUUCGUGCUAGAAGAGGAGAAUCACAACCUGUUCUUCUGGGUCUUUGUGGCCUAUGUGGCAGCACAAGUCGCUUUGGCAGCAUACUCCCUGUUGCACUUCCCAAUGAAGAGUGCAUUGGAAUUGAACAUGGAUGACAUGGAGGGCUAUCCAAGCGAAUAUGAGGCUCUUGCUGGAGCGGACGAGGUGGCAUCUGUUUCAAUUGGCAAUGUUUGUCCAGAGUACAGGGCCAGUAUCUUUUCUCUGCUCACGUUCAGCUGGAUGGGAUCUCUUGCUCGAACAGGAUACAAGGCACCACUGACCUUCGAUGAUAUGUGGUCGUUGCCACCAUACGACUUGGUGGAUCGCAACCAUGCAAGGUUCAAGGCGGCUUGGGCAACAGAAACUAAGAAGAAGCAGCCAUCACUUACUAGGGCCAUGUUUGAUACUGCAGGAUAUUUAGUUUUGGCAGCGAUCCCUUUGAAGCUUAUCACGGAUUUGGCUCAAUUUGUAUCCCCAGUGUUCAUCAAUCUGCUGCUGGAUCUAAACUUCAGCGAGCCAGGAGCAACUACCAGGGGUUAUGUUUAUUCAGGCCUUGUGCUUGUGGGCCUCAUCAUUGGAACCAUAACUGACAACCAGCAGUUUCAGAGGGUCAUGAGGGCUGGAUUCAGAUUGCGGGCCGUGUUAAUCGCAGAGUUGCACCGCAAGAUCCUCUACUUGACCCCGUCUGAUCGUGCCAAAUUCAGCUCUGGGCGCAUCUUCAACUUUGUAGCAUCUGACACAGAGACUGUACAGCUAGUGUGCCAGAACUUGCUGGGCCUCAUGUCGUCCCCAGUGCGGAUUCUGGGAGCAAUGGCGAUGCUGUAUGCAGAGCUGGGCCUUGCCUCGUUGGUGGCCCUUGCCUCCCUCAUACUGAUGGUACCAGCACAGGCUGUGGUUGUGAAGUGGUCGACCACAUAUAUGAAACGUGCCCUAAGCUUGACCGAUGAGAGGGCUAAGCUGGAAGGGGAGCUGAUGUCAGGUAUUGAAGUAGUGAAGACAAGCACAUGGGAAAUGCCAUUCCGGGGGCGCAUCAUGGACGUUCGGGGCAAGGAGCUGGCAGUGCUGUGGAAGUCGUUUGUCCUGAGCGCCUGCAACACCUUCCUGCUGACGUCCAUUCCAGCAAUAGUUGCAGUGACGACGUUUGGAGUGUACAUCGCCCUUGGCAACAACCUGGAUGCGUCCACAGCUUUCACAUCCCUGACCCUCUUUGGGAUAUUGAGGUUCCCGCUGUUCCAGCUCCCCUUGCUUGUCAACCAGCUCAUCAAUGCUGGCGUUUCAAUCAAGCGAAUGCAAGAGUUUCUCUCCAGCCAGGAGCAGCCAGAGAUGGAGGCCACACCAGCAGCCCCUGCAGGAGGAACUGCUAUAUCCAUGCAUGGCGACUUUUCAUGGGACACAUCCUCCCCGCCAUGUCUCACUGACAUCAACUUGGACAUUCCAGCUGGGAACUUGGUUGCCAUUGUCGGAUCAACUGGAGCAGGGAAGUCGAGUCUGCUGUCCAGUAUGCUGGGCCUCACGCAGCAGGUAUCAGGAGGGCCCUUGUUGAUGGCAGGAUCAGUUGCCUUUGUUCCCCAGUCCCCUUUCAUCGUGAAUGCAAGUGUCCGUGAGAAUAUUCUCUUUGGUCAUGAGUUCAACGAACAGAAAUAUGCAGAAGCCGUGGAAGCAGCAAAUCUGGCCCCAGACUUUGCAGCAAUGCCAGGCGGGGAUCUGACUGAGUUGGGUGAGCGUGGUGUCAAUGUCUCUGGCGGUCAGAAGCAGCGAAUAGCGAUUGCCCGUGCUGUCUACUCUGGUGCCGACACAUACUUGAUGGACGACCCUCUGUCAGCCUUGGAUGCCAAGGUUGGGCGUGUGGUCUUCAACAAGUGCAUCAUCGGCCUCCACAAGGGCAAGACAAGGGUGUUGGUGACCAACCAGCUCCAGUACGUCAGCUCUGCAGACAUGGUGGUCUUCAUGAGCGAUGGGAAGGUGGCAGAAGUGGGGCCGUACAGUGAGCUGAUGGCUGCAGGGAAGGGGUUUGCACGCAUGAUGGCUGAAGCGCAGGUGGAGGAGGAACCUGAGGGAUCAGAUGCAGGCAAAGACAAGCCCCACAAGCCGUCCAGCACCCCUGCACAGCCAACGCCUUCUGCUGCACCCACACAGGCACCACCUGCACCUGCUGCAGCUGCUGCACACAAGGAGCAAAAGCUCACUGAUGUCGAGAAGAGAUCCACUGGUAUUGUGUCACGCGUGGUGUUGUGGGCAUACGUGAAGGCAAUGGGUGGACUGGCACCCUUUCUGGUGCUCAUGGGGCUGUUCAUUUCUGUGGAGAUUUUCCGAACGCUGGCAACUGUGUGGCUGUCAUACUGGACAGAGCAGGGCGACAAUGUGGAUCAGGAGUUCUAUAUGGAGGUUUAUGCUGCCCUCUCCCUGCUGCAAGUCGGAGCCGCUCUUGUCAACCAGUUGGAUUUGAAGCAUCUCAGCACUAUCGCAGCCGACACUCUGCAUCAGUCCCUGUUGGACAGACUCCUGCGUGCUCCCAUGGCGUUCUUCCACACUACGCCCAUUGGGAGGAUAAUCAACAGAUUGACCCGCGACACAUCUGACAUUGACAAAAAUUUGGCAGAUUUCGUGGCCAUGUUCUUGAGGGGCUUUUUGCAGCUCAUAACAACCAUCAUAUUGAUCGGAAUCUUCACCCCCUUGGCACUGCCAUUCCUAGUUCCGAUCAUGCUGCUCUUCUAUUGGCUGUAUGUGUACUUUCAAACGACUGUGCGUGAAAUCAAGCGGCUCGAUUCGAUCAAUCGCUCCCCAGUGUAUGGAUCAAUCAGCGAAGCCCUGAAUGGACUGGCAACAAUUCGUGCAUUUGGGGCGGAGAAGAGGCUGGUCGCCCGGCACGGAGAGUUCAUUGAUAGCAUGAUCGUGAUGAGUCUUGCGAACCAGUCUAUGAACAGGUGGCUCAGCAUUCGCCUGGAGAGCCUUGGGGCACUUGCAGCAUUUGCAGCAGCAGUGUUGACAGUGGAGCAGAAGGGAAGCUCUGGAGUUGCAGGUCUUACACUGACAUACGCAUUUUCGAUCACGAUGUUGACAACGAUGUCCGUGCGCCUGGCAAGCCUUGCAGAAAACAUGUUCAAUGCCGUGGAGCGCGUGGCAGAGUACACCGAAAUUGAUCAAGAAGCCGAAUAUGACAUUGCUGGAUCGGUUCCGGACGAUUGGCCAGACCAGGGUGGUGUGGGGUUCAACAAUGUACAAAUGAGGUACCGCCCGGGUCUGCCACUGAUAUUGAAAGGCCUGACCGCCACUAUAGAGCCGGGUCAGAAAGUUGGUGUGGUUGGCCGGACAGGCGCAGGAAAGUCCUCCCUCAUCAACGUGCUCUUCCGCCUUGUUGAGCUCUCUGAUGGCACCAUUGACCUUGAUGGAAUUGACCUGUCGAAGAUUGGCCUCAGGCAGUUGAGGAGCCGGAUGGCUAUAAUACCACAAGUCCCUGUCAUGUUUACUGGCACUAUGAGGGCCAACCUGGAUCCCUUCAAUGAAUACAGUGACGAGGAAGUCUGGGCAGCGCUGGGGCGAGCACACCUGGAUGGGGUGGUUGGGACAAACUCUAAAGGGCUGGAGAUGGAGCUGCAGGAAGGGGGUGCGCCUCUGAGUGCUGGGCAGAAGCAGCUGGUGGCAUUGGCAAGAGCCCUCCUAAAACGUUCCAAGGUCCUGAUUCUCGAUGAGGCCACAGCAAACGUUGAUGUUGAGACAGAUGCCCUCAUCCAAAGGACUAUACGCGAAGAAUUCGCUGAUUGCACUGUCAUCGCCAUAGCACACAGGCUGCACACCAUCAUAGAUGGUGAUCGCGUGCUUGUGCUCGAUGCAGGCCAAGUGGCAGAGUUUGAUUCACCAAAGGAACUCCUGAGUCGCCCUGAUGGCAUCCUCACAGGCAUGGUCCAUGAGACAGGAGAGGCCACAGAACGGCUCCUGCGCGCCAUCGCUUUUGGUGAGGUCAAAAUGGUCGACAUCGCAGCAGAAGAAGCUGCCAAGGCACUCACUCGUGUUGGCUCAGAGAAACUUGAGACACCACGGACGUUGUCAGCAGACCUGGUAUCAUAUGCUCAAACAGCCAUGGAGCAGCUCCGACAUGUGCAUGCGAAAUUGAGCGAAAAGCAGGAAGAACAGGACCAGCAGAGGGAUCUUGGAGUCAUGGACAUUGGACAACAUGCCGCAACCGAGGACAUGGUGAGCACCAUGAAGCAGGCUGUCAGCCUGGCAUCGGAGUUCAUGCUGCUGGCAGAGAAAACCAAGGUCAUGUUCGACCACCAGCUGACGGCCACUCGCCUGUCAGAGCUGGAAGCCGCUGAAGAUCAGAUUCCUGAGCUGCGCUCAGAGUCGAGUAAGAGGUGGGGCAAAAUCCGAGGAGUGACUCGCCUGGCAUUCUUGAAGAGGCAGACGAGCCUCGGGUACACCACACUGCCGCCAGGAGAAGAUGACCAGUCAUCGACACCCACUCUGGGUUAG